AUGGUGGCCUUUGUGCUGGCCACGCCACACUAUGCUGGCCGUCUGUUGGGCCUCGACACGAAGACGCAUCUGGAGCCCCGGCAGCUCACCGACACGUUUGUCGUCCUCGGGCUGGACGCGUUGGUCACCUCGACGCACAUCGUGCUCCCCAUCCGCUACCAUCUCAUGCUGUGCGUGCAGGUGUGCAGCAUCUUCUGUUACGCGAUACCGGCCAUGGUCCUCGGCAGCGCCCACCCAGGGAACUUCCCGCACACGAUGGUGGCUUUCUCGAUGCUGAUAUUCGUGACCGCCCUCGGGAAGCGCAGCCUGGACAGGGAGGAGAGGAUACACUACCUGGCGCUGAUCCGGGAGAAGUGCUUGAGAUUCGAGUCGGAGUUCCAGCUGGCCACGUACAAGGACAAGCACAAGGCACAGAAGAUGAAGCAGAAAGCGCCCGACGACGCGGAGUCGGAUAACCAGUCGAUGUCUGCGACGUCCUUCGGGAAUGGCAGCUCAAGGCUAACCUUCAAAGCGCUCGUCGAGCUGGGAUUGAGGGAGCAGUGGCUCAUCGAUGAGCAGGAGGUGCAGCUGCCUAGCGCAAGUAACGCACGACCACUGGGCGAAGGGGGCUUCGGCAUCGUGGUGCGGGGCCGGUACCAUGGAGCCAAUGUCGCACUCAAGGCGCCCAAGACAAUCUUGCAGGGCAGAACGCAAGAAGUCUUCCUUGAAGCAUCCUGCAACGAACUGAGGAUGUUGAGACGCCUGCGGCACCCCAACAUCGUUGCGCUGUACGGGGCGGUGUUGACUUCUGGAGUCGAGGGCGUCCAGGUGUGCCUUGUCCUUGAGCUGAUCGAGGGGGAAUCCCUCAAGAUGCUCAUGACGCGCAUCGUGGAGAGGGAGGAGCUUGCGCACCCCAGCUUUGUCGCGCUGCGCAUCAGAGUCCUGAGGCACGUUGCUGCGGCGCUGUGCUACCUCCACUCGCGACAGCCAGUCGUCGUGCACGGCGACAUCAAGAACACCAACAUCUUCGUGCAGCAGCUGGGCGAUUGCUCGAUGCAGGCAAAGCUCCUCGACUUCGGCCUCUCCCGCCUCGUCAAGGGCAGGGGAGGCGACCGCCCCAUGGGCGGCACCCUGCGGUGGGCGGCGCCCGAGGUCCUGCCGGGCCGCCACGCCCCGGCGGCCGCGACGGACAUGUUCUCGUUCGGCCGCCUCGUCUUCUACGUCUCCAGCGGCCAUGUUCAGGAGGGGAAAAAACACACAGACACAAUUAAUCGUCGAUUCCCCAGAAAAUAUGGGAAAAUAUGGGAAGUGGGGGGGAAGACAGAAACCCAGAAAAUAUGGGAAAAUAUGGGGAAUCCUUUUAUUUGUGUGUAUUUAUUUGUGUGUCCUGGGGCCCCUUCUCAUCUACGUCUCCAGCGGCCAUGUGCCCUUCUCGGGGGUGGCGGACAGGCAGCUGCGCAAGUUCCUGCUCCGCUCCCCCCCCGUGCGCUGGCCGCCGGCCUUCGAGGCGGGCCUCCUGAGCCGCUGCCGGCCCCUCGCGGAGGAGUGCCACGCGCCCGAGGCCCGAGCUCCGCCCCGGCGUCAAGGAGGUCUUCCCGAUCCUCCUGGGCAUGGAGAGUCAGACCGCCCCGGCCAGGCCCUCGGGCGGCUCCUCCGGCGAGGAGUCGGCACCGACGCCGCCACAGGGGCACGCGCCGCCGGUCUUCGGCGUCUUCGCCUUCGAGUCGGAGCACCCCCUCCACGCAGCUCGCCGCGGUGCCCGAAUCCGCCGUCGUGAUUCCCUCCAGCCCCGCGGACACGGGGCUGGUACAGGGCGAGCGGCUGGUUCACAGCUCGUACCUCCCCACCCCCCAUGAGACGUUGCUGAAGGCUGUCGGCUUCGUGCUGAUGCAGUCCAACCACGGCGUCGACGCCAGCGAGGGGUGCUGCUGGAUGCACGCUGGUCUUCGGAGGCUGAGGAUAGUAUGCAGUGAGAUGCAGGAGAUGCCGUGCGACGGCUGGGACGUGCCCGUCAGUGGCCAGUGCAAAGAUUGUCGACUCCUGUGCAUCGACGGUGGUGCAAAGAUGGGUGCCUGCAACUUUUGCGGGGGGGGCAUAUCAGAUCCCCUGACUGCCGAGGCUCGCCCUUUGGACUUGCAUCGGAACUAAAGUGAGCAGCCCUCGGUGCCCAGGCGACAUGUUGAGCGCCCAUCGUCUUGCGUUCACAAUGGGCGACGAAGUUCGAGCAUUGCGAGUUUGUCUGCAGCUGAGACUUCGUGGACCACACACCCGUCCAGUUCUUUUAACACGCUGGUGGCCAUGCGCUGGUCAGCUGUCUCGGUUGACCUGUCUGUACAGAGCCGUUUCAUGCAUCCAGUUAUUGUGACCUUGCGCAGCCUGGCCAGGGUGACGAGUGCUGCUGUUUUCUUUCGUCGAAGUCAGGCAAGAAAGCCAGCCUCCUCAAUUGGUGGCCAUGGGGCCGUUCUCUGCAUCACGACGAUGUGACGCAUCGCUUGCCACACCAGAGGCCCCCCUUUGUCUGGGCCUCCAGUGCCACUUCACACGAUUUCUUCAUAGGGCAUGGAGUGCAUGAACAAAUCAUCCGUUGUCGUGUUUCGAGCGUCGCUCUGUGUUACAAUUGCGUCAGCAGGGCGUUUCUGAUCUGUUUUCGGACAUCUCUUGUGGCAGCUGUUACGUCUGCUGAGACCUGUCCCAUUCCUUAGGUGCGCAUGGGACAUGGUGCAGCCCAGUGCUAGUUUUGGAGUUCAGCGCAACCUCCUUGCGCGCCAAUGCCCUCCAGCCCAUACAUCAUCUUCCUUUCCCUGGUCUCUCCUCCCCUGCUCGCUCACCGAUCGCUUUUCCUCAGUGAGCCGCAGGCACCGACUGGGUGCCCUACGUCAGGGCCUCACGGCAACCAUCACUCCGAAGACGCGCGCGCACGGGGAGAGGACGCGGCACGGCUGUGUGACUGAGCUGGCAGGCGGCCACCCUAGCGUCAGCCGAGGCGGUGUUGUCCCCCGACGCGGUCUCCGUUCUGAAAGUUGCCGCAGGCCGCUGUCCUCUUCUGCCGUCUCAUGGUACGGCGGUGGCAGCGGUAAGCGCUUGCGGCCUCGCCCCUGGCAUUGGCCACAGGUCGCCGCGAAUGGCACAGACUGGUGCUGAUCGGUGCAGAGUCUGCGAUGGAUUUCUGAGGGCGUCUGAACGUCAGGGCCCGGCUGACUUUCCGAGCACGACACGUCUUGCACCGUUGCCUUCUUGGCGAUUCCACCCAGGCUAUACAGGGUGUUAGGCGCAGGCGACCCUUGCUCUGCUGCAUCCUGCAAUAUGGCGGUCCUGUCGAUGUCUCCGAGAAGGCUCGG